GCUGUAAUUGUCGUUACUUUAUUAAACAAAUUUUAUUUUAAUUUGGUAUUAUCAAAUUAAUUAUUAUUUAAAUAAGUAGUAAUAUAAAUUCUUUUUUGGUAUUAGUUCGGCUAACAAUGGAGUUUACCGUUUCCGUCCAUCUUUUCAGGAAAACACCUUUUUGUUUGAUUUGAUAAAACCAUAGAAAACUGAAAAUAUUGAAUAUAAUUCAAUACAAUAACAUUUAUUGAACUAACACAAUUUUUUUUUAGUCUUAACUAUUUGCAAGUCCCAAAUUUGCAUACUUAAAUCAAUGUAUGGUUAUUUUAGUAAUAUUGUGAAGUUAAAUAAUUGAUCAUGAACAAAGACCCUGUUCCGAAAAUGUCAACAUCGAAGACCGUUAAAAUACACAAAUCAGAAGGUAGUGAUUCUGUAUUAAAAUCAAUAUUAUUUAACCAAGUUUGUGAUUGAAUGAACUAUGAUUUUAAUUUAGUAUACCUUACAUAAUUUACAUCUAUGAUUAUCUAUUACCAUAAGUAAUACUUACCAAAGUAUUUUGUCUAGAAUUGUAUUAUAUUCAAUUUAAGUGAAAGACUUUAUUGUGAUCUAUCUCUAUUCGUUUUAAUUUUUCCUUGUCUUAAUUUGAUUUAAAUUUCUUUGAUACAUUUUAAUAAUAAUAUAAAUACUCAAGUCUAAAUUACUUAUAGUUUAACCUUCUACAUAUUAAUUAGGUAUUAUCAUUGAUAAAGGAAAUAUAUUGCUAAUUUAUAACUACAUUAUAAUUCAAAUCUUUUUAUUAGAUUCUAAAACAAUUACGGAUGUUGAAAUUAUUAGAUGUCUGUUGUAUUGUUUUCAAGGAGUUAAUAGUCAAUGGAUAGUGUUUAAUGAAAUUCAAAAACAGUUUGUAGUCACGGCAAAAGUAAAUUUUGAUUUUACUCAUGCAAAUAUUUUUUUUUUCUUUUAAACUAACUUUUUUUUUAAUUUGCAGUUAGACUUUUACCAAACACAAAAAGUGAAUCGUUUAAUGGAACUUGGAUAUUUGCAUAAUAUAAUUCAAGAAUUUAUUGAAAGUAAUGAUAAUAACAAAAAUGGAUCAAUUUCUUCAGGGAUCUCUUAUUGCUUUCGUGAAGAGAUUUGUGUAUAUUAUGACAGUAUAAAUAAACUACAAAAAGAAGUUAAUAAUUAUACAUCACUCUACUAAGAAUCAAAUACUUUGAUAUUUAACAUGCUAUUCAUUUUAAAUAUUUUUACUUAUAUUAUUAAUUUAGGUCAAUGAAGCAUAUGAGAACAAUAAACAAUAUUCACUUGGAAACUUAUUGUGUUGGUCAGUUCUUUGGCUUGGUCAAUUACAGGAUUUAAGCUAUGCAGUAAAAAUGUUUGAUGGUACUAGGCGUGGAGGGGAAUUAGUUUCUAUAAUUGUGCCAUUCGCAUACUGUGCUAAUCCUUAUUUACAACAAAUGGCCAGAAAUAUUAUAAAAGUUGUAAGUGAUAAUAAUCAAAUGUAAUUCAUGGUAAUCAUUAUAUUUAAUAUUUCGUUUUCUUGAAUAUGUGUAGUCUACUAGACCUAUUAUGACAAUGAUUUGUAACUGGAUGAUUGAUGGGGAAUUAGUUGAUAAUUACGAUGAAUUUUUUAUAUAUCAAUGUCCAGAUAUUAAUAAUCUUGAUAUGUGGAACAAUAGAUAUACAAUUAGGUAUAAAUCAUCUUGUUGUUUAUUACCAAAUAUAUUUUUGCUGUUAAAUUAUUUAAGCUUCAUACUUUUAGAGAAUCAAUGAUUCCUACAUUUUUUACCAAAGAAGACGUUAAUAGAAUUUUCCGUACUGGAAGGUAUAUAAAUUUUCUACAUACCAUUUGUAAGAGUAAACCUGAUUUAACACAAUCUAGAAAAGUUUUAAAGGAUUUCAGAAAUUCUGGAAGUAUGUAUAUUAUACAUAACAAUAUACUUAAAUAUUGUAGAGUACCAUAAUUUAUAAAGUUUUUAUCUUUUAAUUUUAUUGAAUUUAGAUAAAGAUUUAUUCCCAAUGUUGGAGAAAGGUAGCAUUAUUUCCGAUUUGAUUAAUGAGGCCUGUACAGAGUCAUCAACUGUAGUAUUAGAUAUUUUAAAGGAUAAGUUUAAAUUAUUUUUACAUUUUGAAGGUCUUAGACGAUAUAUGCUACUAGGACAAGGGGACUUUGUAACAAGUUUGUUAGAAAUACUUCAGUAAGUAAAAAUUCAUUAAUAAUUAAGUAUAUGCAUUUUAAAUACAUAAUUUUGUGUAUUAAUGUACUAAAGGCCUCAUUUGGAUAAGCCAUCAGGUACACUUGGACCACACAUAUUUCGACAAUUUUUAGAUACUGCUGUAAGGUCAAGUAAUGCUCAAUUUGAUGAACAAAUUAUUUUAGAAACACUCAAUGUAAAACUGUUACUUACAUCAGGAGAAGAUUGUGGUUGGGACAUUUUCCAACUGGAUUAUUCAACUGGUGGUCCUUUGGAAACAGUAUGUACAAAAUUAGAAAAAGAAUCAAACCAUUCUUAAAUGAAAAUAUUAAGAACCCUGCAUUUCUAGACAUUUUGACCAACAAAGUAUUUUUCUUAUUGUGAAAUCACAUAACUAAUCAACUAAUUAACUUUUAUUAGUUUUUUUUUUUACAGUAUUUGUUUACAAAAAUAAUUAAAUGACUAAUAUAAUAUGUUUGUAAUAUUUUUAACUAAAGGAUUUUUUGUUUUUAGAUUUUUGAGUUUGAUCGAAAUGGAAGAUACUCAAUUAUGUUUGUAUUUUUAUGGCGUUUGAAAAGAAUAGAUUUUGUUUUGUCACAGAUGUGGAGAGAACUAAAUCUUUUAAUAAAAACUUCAUAUUAUAUAGUUCCAGGUAAAAUAAAAUCAUAAAAAUGUAAAUUUUUAAAACAGCUAAUUAUAAAAGAGGCAAUUACUUUUGUAUAUUUAAUUAAAUUCUUGAUAAUUUUUAGAAAUACGGAGUGUCUCAAAAUCUACAAACAAUUUAGUUGCCCAAAUGGUUCACACCAUACGUCAAAUUCAAUUUUAUGUUUUGUUUGAUGUCAUUGAAACUGAGUGGCAACAUUUCAAACAAGCUUUUAAUAAAGCAACACUAUUGGAAACGGUUAUCGAUGCUCAUAAUCAGUUCCUGAAAAAUAUAUUUAAGCGAUCAGUACAAACUGAGGAAACUCAUGUAAGAAACCAUUAUAACUGGCACACUCAGUUUUUGCAUUAUUUAAAGUGUGUUCGUACUAAGAGAUUCCACUAAUUCAGGGGUCCUCAGCCCAUGGGCUUUAUUGUAUUGAUUGUCUUUUUCUUAUCUAGUAUUCUAGAAAGUGGUGUUCUCAUGUACAUAUACAUACAUAUAUUGAUCAUACGUGCAUAAUAUAUAGGUGUUUUUAUUUUUACCUUCAUAUUAGUUUAGUAGGCCUUUAAGUCUUUUUUACGAAAUUGGUAGUCCGCACAACUAAAAAGGUUGGGAACCACUGCACUAAAUAUCUCAGUUGAAUGACUUGGUAUUAAAAUGGAAUUUUUGGAAAAUGAUAGAGAGUACUGAAAUACACAUUUUAAGACAAAUUUCAAAUUUGUUAUCCUUUCAGUACAUACACAUGCAAUACAACUUACUUUUUUCUUGGUUUAAAAUUGAAAUUGUAUGAUGAUAAUUUAAUAUUAUAGAUGUAUUACCUUCCUUAAAAUGGGAAUAACCUUUUUUAAUAUAUCCAUAGAUAAUAAAGAUAAUCAAAUUUUGAUGUUUUUAUUUUAUAUUACUCCCAAGAAUAAAGACUAAAAAUAUUUAUAUUUCAACUAAUUUUUUUUUUCAGUAGAAACUUAAAAAAAACUUAAUUUUAUUAUUUUUGAAAAGCCAUUUUAUAUUUUCUUCUAAAAAUGUUGAAGUAUCAAUUUUAUUUUUCAUUAAAUUUGUGGCUAUUAAUAAUUUUUUAAAGUUUGAAAAAAAAAGUAUACAGUUCAUAAAUGAAUGUGACUAUACUUCCUGUUGCAUAAUUAUAAGUACUUUUCUCUUAACUUUAAAAAAUUAUUAAAAAUUACAAAUUUACUAAAAAUAAUAAGUUUAUUAAAGUUUUAAGGAUUAAGUUUAUUUAUUAAAUAACAUUUUCAGAAUAAUAAACUAUACAAUUAUUAAAAAAUAAUAAGUCAACUUUUUUAGUUUUUUACUAAAACGUUCAUAUUCAAUUUUAAAUAUUUGUAAACCUUAUCCCUGCCAAUAAUUUAUAAAAAAAAAAAAAAAAAACAGAUUUGAUUUUAAUUAUCUUUAUUAUCUCAGGAAAUAUUACAAUGGGUAUAUCUUCAUAGGACACUUUAUGUACAUAAUUGAAAUUUUGGUAUUGGCUAUACAAAUCUACAGUAUUAUAGAAAUUUACCUUUAAGUCUCAUUAGAAUUCUGGUAUUAAAACUCCUGACUCUCCAUUUGAUCCAACCACACUUAAUCAUAUGUUUUACAUCUUUGUGAAGCAACUAUUAUUUUGAAAAAAGGAUCCUAGAUAUAGAUUUUAUAUAAUCACUUUUUCUUCUAUAAGUCAUUAAAAGUCACUUUUUUUAGCAAAGCCACUACAAGUUAUUUUAAAUUUUCUUAAAAUCCUUUAUAAAAUAAUAUAAUAUGAUGUUGAUGAUCUUACAUAUAUUAUUAAUAUAUGGUUACAAAGUCUGCAAUCAUAAUUAUUAUUUAAACAAAAUAAUAAAUUAAACAUUUAUAUGAACAUUAACAUUAAUAUUUUUGAAAAAUAUAAUCUUUUAAAUAAACAGAAAAAUUGGGAUUUUUUCAUUCUGUAGAAAACCAUAUUAUAAUAUGCUGUCUUCUUUUAUAUCAAUUUUAAAAUUUUUAUCGCCUUCAAAAAUUAUAUUUCAAACUAUUGGUGACCCUGUAGAUAUUUAAAACUCUUAACCUUGCAUAUGAAAAGAGGGAUAAGGGUAAAGUAGGAUGUAUAAUUUAUACUGGAUGUUUCAGGAUUUGUCAAAAAAAAUGCGCCAAUUAUUUGAAUCGGUGUUGGAACUCAGAGGCAUUCAGGAAAGAUUUCACAGCCAAUCUCAGUAUGAAAUGAAGAGGCGUAAGGAUCUUGAAAUUUACAUUGAAAAACAUGGCACUUGUAAUGAAAUUGAAAACAAUGAUAUCCAUCUUAAAGAAGUUUUCUUGCUAGAAGUUAAUACAUAUGAAAAUAUCAUUAAAGAGAUCUAUUUAUCAUAUAAGGCAAGUAUUUGUUUUAGAUUCUGAAGAAAGCGAAAAAUGUUUUAAUUUUUAUAUGAUGUGUGGCUUUUUUUUUCUGUAAACUACUCCUAUCAGAGUUUUGCUCCUAUCAAAAAUCAACAAGAAAGUAUUUUGUAGACUUUUGGAUCUAAUUGGUACAUUGAAAAAAAAUAUAUAAUUUUUAUAUGCAGUUUUCUUAAUAAUUUGGAAAAAUGUAUAGGAAAAACAAACAAAUUAACAUUUUUGAUUUUAUUGUUUUAAAAUAUUUUUCUUGUUUUAAUUUCAAGAAGAGUAUCUCAUCUGAAGCAUAUUUUAUCUAGUUAAAUAGAUCUAGUCAGGAGUUGGUUUUAAUUUUUCUUGUAGUUUUUUUUUAAUAAUUCAAAAAUAAUUAAAGUUUAUGGCCUUUCCAUUAUUUUUGCUUUGUUUUUUUUCUUGUUAUUCAGUCAAAAAUAAUUGUAGAAACCUAAAACUUUCAUAAGAUAUUUAAAUUUGCAAUAUCUAAACAUUGUAAAAAUAUUUUAUAGGUUUUUAGGUUAUUUAUACCAUUUUACCUUUUAAAUUUAUUUUAGUUUUUGUUAGGUUUUAUGUGGAUUUAUCUCUUUAAGAGAAGAAAUCAGAAUACUCCCAUAGUACCUCUACCUGUUGUAAAUGGUGACAAAUGGAAAUGCACCAAGUGAGGCAACUUGUGUAAAAUUCUACAGUAUGAAAACUUUUAAACAAGAUUUUGGCAAAUUGCCCAUCUUCAAUGUGUACAGGGAAGACAGGUGAAACCAGGAAGAUGUACCAAGGUGCAUGGUGUUUACAGAUGAUAUAGCUUUGAUAGAAGAAAAUCUGGAAUAAGUAACAAUAAGCUUAAGGAAUGGAAAGUAGAAUUUAAAGGCAAAAUACUCAGGAUAAGUAAAAGAUAAAUAUGAGUUUGGAAGAACAGGGUAAGACAGCUAACAGCUAACGAUAAUAAGCAGUUAUAGGUGAGAUUGAGAGUUUUAAGUACCAAGGCUCUUUGCACUAAAGAACAGUUCAUUUUUAUGAGGAUGUAAGACACAGAAUAAAGUGGAAAGCUGGUAGGGUGCUUUCAGGCAUGAAAGCAAGUAACUAAAAUCACUAAAAGUCACUUUUUAUGAUGAAAGCAUUCUGUUUUACUUAGUAUAAUUUAUUAAUAAUUUUGUUUACAAGGUAUAUAUGUGACAAUAUAAUAAACAAUUUUAGAUUCCGAGCAUGACAAGGAAUUUAUUGGUUAUAUAAUGGUGUAUUUUUAUUUUUAAUUUUUAAUGGAUCAAAGAGUGUAUUAGUUUUACAAUAAUAAUGUUUAUUAUUAUAUUUUUUUUCUGUAGACAACUUUUCUGCCAACAAUUUUGCUCCAAUUUACAAUAUCACUUUUUCUAUAAAGAAAUUUGACUGGGGUGGCACUUUAAGGACAUAAUUUUUUGAUUUUCCAAAAAGUUUUUUCAAUAAAUGGAAAAAUGGGUUUAAUAUUAAACAAAUAUUAUGAAAAAAAAUAUAUAAUACCUAUUUAAUUAUUUUACCACAAUAUGAAAUAUAUAUUGUUGACAAAUCAACACUUUUAACUAAAUUCCGCUCAGAAUUAUUUUUCGUUAGUAAUGGUUAAUUGUUGCUUACAGAUAUUCAUUCAAUUUUCCCCUUUAUCUUCUCAACUUCUCACCUACAAAUGGCUGUCAUUUUUUUACUGUGUACACAAAUUUUACCAGAAAUCUUGUUCCAGUGUAGUAACUUUUCAGAAAGCUAAUAUUAUCUAAUUGGUACUUUAGAAAAGUCAUUUUUUAAUUUUUCAAGCGGUUUUUAUAAUAAUUGUGGAAAACCUAGAAAAUGGGAUAAAUGGACAAAUAUUCAUAAUAUAAUGAUUUCAUAGUUUUAAAUUUUUGUAACUUAUGUUUUUUACUAGAAAUCUUUCUUGAAUUAAAUAAUGAUUAAAUAAUAAUAAUGAUGGUUUUUUAUUACAUUUUGGAUCUAGUUAAUCAGAGAGAAAGUUUGUUUUUAAUCUAACAAAGUAACAACCAUAGUAACUAAUUACUUCAUAAUGAUUAAUAUAAACAAUAAUAUUUAGUUCCUAGUAUUCUUAUUAUAAAUUAUAUUCAAGCAUUGUGUUUUUGUUUUAUUCUAGACUGAUUUGGGAAAAUUUUUGAAAAAACUUAUUAAAGUAUCAUCAGAUGAUCAAGAAGCUUUACAUUCAUUGGCAAAUCGUAUAAAUUUCAACCAUUAUUAUAGUAAAAAUGAUCAAGAACUGGAAAAAUGUGCUACUUACAUGUGUAGAUCUCAUAAAUAAAUACGAUUAAAUUGUAUGAACUCUACAUACAUUUUUUUUUUUUACAUUAAUGUAUAAAAAUAAACUUAAGUUUUUAUUUAACAUAAAUGUUUGCUUUGUAUCCUAAAAUGGGGUGAAUAGGAUUGACUUUAGAAAUUUGUUGAAGAUUGUGAGUGCAGUAUUGACAAUAUGGUAUUAUUUAAAUUGUUUUAGAGAGCCCAGGUAUAGAGAAAUGUAUACACAUUCUAAAAAAAUUUCAAAUGUUCUAUUUGCAUGUUCCUACAUUCCCAAUUAGAAUAAUGUUUAUAUAUAUAUAUAUAUAAUUUUUUUAAAGUUUAAUAUUAUAAUACUAAUAUUUUUAAUCUAUCAUAGUUUUUACUAACACUACUCGUAAUAAUA